AUGAAGAGGUGAGGUAAAUUUUUAAAAAUAUUUAGAAUGUUUUAGUUUUACAGUAAAAGUUUUAAAAAAAGUUGCCAUAAAUAUAGAAAAAAGUCCUUUCUGUAUGCAGAAUUAUGAUUUUUAUACUUAAUUUUUACAAUUAGCUAUCACGAUUAGUUCAAAAGAUGAACUAACUGUAUUAAAAAUUACACUUUUUAAAUGUUUAAAGCUGUUUAGAAAGUCACGUAGAUUGAUAAGUAUAAAGAGCGCUCACUUUUUAUCUCAUAUCAAGGUUUAUAUAUGUUUGUUUAUCAUUAGCUUUUUAAUUUAUAUUUUUAAAGAUUUUGCAUAAAUUAUUUUUAAAUUUAUUUUUAAAUAUUAUUAGGGGUUGGCUUAGGUAGCUAAAAUACUUUUAUUUUUAAAUUCGCAGGAGGGGGGGGGGGGAAUCUAUUCUUGAUGGACGAUAAGUCUGGUUCAUAUGACGAGAUUUACCCUAUUUUAUAUUUCUAAAUUUUCUAAAAAUUAUAAUUAAAAAAUUAUAAAUAAAUUUUUGAGGAUGGUACGAGUGGCUGUAGUUCAACAUGGACCUGUUCUGUAUGACACUCCUAAAACGAUUGAUAAAGUGCGAGAAUUGACUAGGAAGGCUGCUUCAGAUGGUGCUGAACUAGUGUUGUUUCCAGGUAUGGUGAGAAAUUUAAUUUCUGGAAUAGUUACUGUAUUCAAGACAGGGUAAUUUUCCAUUUUUAUAUCAAGGUAUUCGAAGAAGGGAUAUAGCUCAUCUUUAUAUAAAAAAAGGUUUUUUUUCGGGGAGGUUGUAGUUGCACUGCCUAACCUUGACUGUAUUGAAAAGUUAUGUAAGACUUUAUUGGUAUUUUGACACCAAUGAUACUGUAACUUUUUUUGGUGUUUUUAAUCUAUCUUUGCUCCUAUUGGUGGUAAAAUGAACUCAUAUAAAAAUUUUUUAGCCGAUUCUGAACGAGGCAGGUUGGGUAUUUUCUCUGUAAGUUGUGCAUUUUAUACGUGAUACGCAGUUACAUUAAGUCAACCUUUUCAGAAGCCUUCAUUGGAGGCUACAUUAAAGGCGAGACUUUUGGUAUUUCAAUGGGUAAAAGAAGUGAGGAAGGUCGAGACGAAUUCAAAAGAUAUUUCAAAAGUGCUAUUGAGUACGGAGGCCAAGAAUCAGAGCAGCUGGCUUCAAUAGCCAGUGAAUUCAACGUCAUUUUGGUUAUCGGAGUUGUAGAACGAGAAGGUGGUACUUUGUACUGUGCUGUAAGUUUUUACUCUGAUUAAAGCUGAGUACUAUAAUGUUAUAGUUAGUUGAGUACAGCUUAUAAUGUUAUAGGAGGCUAGCCGAAUCUUAAAAAUUAAUCUUUUUUGAAAAUUUAAAUUAAAAAAUUGAAAUUUUAGGUAUUUUUCUACUCUGAAGCCGGUGAACAUCUUGGAAAACACCGCAAACUAAUCCCAACAGCACUAGAACGCUGUGUUUGGGGCCAAGGCGAUGGUAGUACUAUUGACACCAUAAACACCAAAGUUGGUACCAUUGGUGCAGCCAUAUGUUGGGAAAAUUACAUGCCAUUGCUUCGUUUCUCAAUGUACCGUGAUGGCGUACAAAUAUACUUGGCACCAACUGUAGACGACCGUGAUGUAUGGCUUCCAACUAUGACCACAAUAGCUCUGGAAGGCAGAUGCUUUGUCGUAUCAGCUUGUCAGUUUAUGACUUCCGCCGACUUCUCUCAAGAUCAUGAGAGUUAUAAAGCUGUUAAUGAGGAUGGAAGUGCUAAUGUGCUGAUUCGAGGAGGGUCGUGUGUUGUGUCGCCAUUGGGCAAAGUGUUGGUACAGCCGGUGUUCAAUAAGGCAGUGGUUCAUGUUGUUGAUCUUGACAUGGACGAGAUUAUUAGAGGGAAAUUUGACCUGGAUACAGUUGGUCACUACAAUCGACCAGACGUCUUUCAACUUACUGUAAAAAAACAAAAAUUGUGA